AUGGUUAAAGCUACUCUUAUAGACAUUGUACGGCAGCACAAACAAGAACAUUGCGAUAAAAAUAACAAAACCUUCAAAAUGACAGAAGUAAAAAAACUUUUUGAAGAAGGACUUCAACAUAUCACACCUGAAAAAUGGAGUAGCUGCGUGUCGCAUAUAAUUAAAGAAGAAGACAAAAUAUAUGGUCUCGACCACAUGAUCGACAAUGUUUCAGACAGAUUUAUAAUUAAUGUCACCGAAAGCGAUAGUGAUGAUUUUUUAUCUGAUGAUGAAUAA